UUCCUUUAUAAUCAAACUCCUCAUCCAAAGCUCAAUUUAGAGACAGAGAGGAGCCUGAGUAGAAUUAAUUGCAGGGAUUGUGAAACAGAGGAAUGAGGCUGUGAUAACAUCUCUUUUGGCAUUCUAUAAAGGUGGUGUCCAAGUCUCAGAGUAAUACAAUGGUUUGGGGAGAGGAAAGUAGUUUUACUCUCAUUUGCUUGAACUAAAGUUGUCAUCUUUUUCGCUCCCUAAAUCAGAGGAAAUGAUUUGAAAGAGCCAUCAUUGCUAUCUGUGAUUCCGUCCAUCUCCUGUUGGCUGCAUGCUUGGCAUUGGACCAUGGUUUCAUCAUUAGUAUCCCCAAAAGAGAAAGAAGAGACAUGGAGUAAAGGAGGGGUGGGGGGGGGCAGUGGAAGGGGCUGACUUAGGAGAUGAGGUUUAUAUGUAGGAAUUCAUCUUGUAAGAAACACAACUUGAUGUUCUUCAUCUUAAUUGAAGGUUUCUAAGCUGUCAAACUCACAGUUGACAACCUCAAUGUGAUUUCUCUCUUAGAAAGACACCAUUAAGCAGACAUUAGAAUGGCAGAGUUUACACUCAGAAGGCUUGAACAAGGCCACACAAGGAUCAGAAAUGUUCCCAUUGCAGUAACCCCAGAAGGAUUCUGGUGUUGUCCCUCUCCUGCAGCCAUCCAGAAGACCCUUAAGAAUCAAAAUCUUCAAGACAGACACAGAGCCACAUCUCCACUGCACUCAAAGGCCUCAUCUCUUCAGAGGCCAUCACUUCCCCCUGUGGACAAAAGAUCAGUCUCUACUUCACUGAGGUCGAGGCUCAUUUCUGAUGAGCAGAGAUGUCCCAACUCUAGCACUGCUACUCCUGUAUCAUCAAAGGCUCCUGAGAGACCCCAGAAGCUAAAUGUUGAAUCUCAGCAACGCAAGAUAUCGGUCGGCUUUGGUCAGCUGGAGACCAGUGACUUGAAAGUUACUCUGCAUGGAAAGGGAGGUACUUCUGUGAGGAUGAGUGUUCACAAGAACAUUCUUGCAGAAAACAGUAGCUUCUUUGCAGAUAAGCUCUCUGGGUUGUCCGUGCCCCAAAUCGAAAUGGCAGACUGCGAAGAUGUGGAAAUUUUUGUCGAGACCGUGGGGUUGAUGUACUGCAAAGACAUUAAACACAGACUGAUCAAACAAAGUGUUUCUCGUGUACUUCGUAUUCUGAAGGUUGCUGAAACGCUUGGCUUCCAAGCAUGCAUCAAGUCAUGCCUGGAUUACUUGGAAGCAGCACCAUGGAUUGGAGAAGAAGAAGAUGAUGUUGUCUCAUCUGUUCGACGACUUCAGGAUGACAACUAUGGCAUCAGUCCUAUACUAAACCGAGUAGCUUCUGAUCUAUCCAACCAACCAAAUGACACACUCUCUCACAUAAUGGAGUUAGUCCUUGAAAGCACUGAGGAUAGAGGUCGACGGGAAAUGAAAUCCUUAGUGUUGAAACUUCUGAAGGAAAUUAACCUCAAGACAAAUGGAACUGUUGAGAUUUGCACUGAAAGUUUAUACAGUUCGUGCCAGCGAUGCUUAGAAUCACUGCUGAAUCUAUUCAGACAAGCUUCUGAGCCCGGUUUUUCUGAUAGAUCUUUGGAGAGCAAAGAUCCUGUGGUGCGACAGAUCACUCUCGAGGCAGAUAAUCUCAUCUGGUUACUUGAAAUUUUGGUUGACAGGAAUGCAGCAGAUGAAUUCACAUUGAUGUGGGCUAGCCAGAAUGAACUUGCAGAACUGCACACGAAGGUGCCGACCAUGUCCCGUCACCUGGUCAGCUGCAUCACCUGCAGGCUCUUUGUUGGAAUCGGAAAUGGCGAGAUGCUUCCUUCGAAGGAAACCCGCAAGCUGCUGUUACAUGUAUGGUUGCAGCCACUGAUCAAUGACUAUAGCUGGUUACAGCAUGGUAGCAGAUCGUUCGAUCGAAAAGUGGUGGAGGAAGGAAUUGGCCGAACGAUUCUAACGCUUUCUUUAGAAGACCAGCAAAGCAUUCUGCUGUCUUGGUUGGGAUGUUUCCUGAAGGCUAGUGAUAACUGUCCUAAUCUUCAGAGAGCCUUUGAGGUCUGGUGGAGGAGGACAUUCAUCAGGCCUUAUGUUGAACAGCACGGGAGCGAUCUGCAGUCAGGCAAAGCUUGACUUUAGGCUGGAAGACAGAAUGCCUACCUCUCAAUUGCAUGGUAUCAGUUCAAUGGCACAUAUGUGUGCAAGCAUUACUGAGUGAUGUGCUCUCUGUCUGGGAGAUGUGAUUGCAUUUUAUGAUUAUGUUUGCUUGUAAGCUAUGAAAGAAAUUUUCGAGUUGUUAACUAGUGACAAUCUUGCUAUAUUGAGUUUUCAGAGAAAUCAGAUGUAUGCUUUAUUUACAUAUUCUCA